UAUAGCCACUUACCUGUCCCUUGGUCCUGUGGUGUGUCCCCUGUUUCACUGGCCGUCCUGUAUUCCAGGAGGCCGGCAUCUUCAGUGUGGGCACUCGGCUGUGAUAGCGUGCAGCUUCACAGCCGGGUACCCACUGCGCAUGUGCGAGUAGCGCUGUGUUUCCUGAAUGGCCCUGUAGUCUUCUGGGACCUGUCACGUGUCCCAAAAGACUACAGGGAGGGAGGAAGGGAGGACGCCUUCCGUUUCCGAUCGCUUAGGUGAUCAGACCAGAAGUGGGAGCGGGUACCUGUCAAAUUCGGGUACCCGCUCCCCAAAGGUGCCAAUCCUUAAUGAGGAGGAGGCUACAGCGGAACUUCCCCUUUUGGGUGGAACUCCGCUUUAAG